AUGACCCGCAACGAUUGUCACCAGUAUACUCGCCACAAUGGCUCGGGCCAACGGCCCUUUCCCCAAGGAAGUAAUUACUACUACUCAGCGGCUGAUCGCGUCAAUCAUGAAUCUACAUAUCAGUCAAACGUCGCGCGAGACGUUGCCUACUCGCACCAAAGCGGCUCAGAUACCUACUGCUACCCACAGGAGCUUGAAGUCGAUACCCACGGAUCUCAUGCUUCUAACCAGCAACACAGCAGCCCGCCUCCGCAAGCAUACUACGGCGAAGCUUCACGAUGUUGGAGAUCCGUCAACCCCAAUAUCCAGCAGAUAACCACCGCUCCUGCCCUGACCUACAACUACAGCUCAAUCCCUGCACCAAUUCAGACGUACUCCAACCCCUCAUAUGCUGCUAUGGGCACAGAGAAAAGGCGACCAACGCAACCUAAGCUGGAGAUCCUUGACUGCAUAUCACCGCCGACGAGCGGCAGGGUUCGAUAUGAGCAGCAGGGCCAACGAGCCGGUCAUUGGGAUGGUGUUGCGUAUUUCAGGUAA